AUGACUGCAGAUCGGCAAAUUUUGGAUACUGCCCAGGCUGACACUUGUAUUGUGUGCAACUCCAUCGCCAUGGGGCGAAUUCGUACGGUGAGUGGUGAGGAUGUGAUGACAGAAGCAGAGUUCGCUGCCUGGUGGCAGGAACACCAAGGUGGCAGGUUUCUGGACGUGCUCCGGCGCCAUGUGGCCAGACAGCUGCAGGUGCAGAAUUUCCGCCAGCUUGCAUUGAUCUGCGGCGAUCAGGUUCUCGCAGUACCCAGCCAAUGGGUCGAUGCAGAGAUGGUGGCCGUGGUUCGGCCCUACGCCGAUGACGAUGGCCUUGAGUUGCUGCAGGCAGCGCGCGACGGUGAUGCGGCAAAGGUUGUGAACCUCUUAGAAAGACCCUGUGACCCAGAGGCAAGUGGAGGACGAAGAACAGCAUUGCAUGUCGCAGCCAUGAAAGGCCACAAAGACAUCGUGCACUGCUUGUUGGAAACUGGUGCUGAGAAGAACAAAGUGGACAAUGGCGGACUGACGCCCAUGCACUUGGCAGCCGUGAAUGGUCACAAAGACAUCGUGCAUUGCUUGGUGGAAGCGUGUGCUGACAGGCACAUUGAGGACAGCGGCGGGCAGACUGCCUUGCAUUUGGCCGCCAGUCUUGGCCACAAAGAAACUGCGCGCUGUUUGUUGGAGGCUGGCUUUGACAAGGAUCAGGCAAAUCGAAUCGGAGAGACACCUUUGCAUGGGGCCGCUUGCAAUGGUCACGAAGAUGUUGUGCACUGCUUGCUGGAAGCUGGUGUUGACAAGGACAAGGCCAACAAUGUUGGGAAAACUCCCUUGCAUUUAGCCACCAGGCGUGGCCAGAAAGACACUGUGCGCUGCUUGGUGGAAGCUGGGGCUGACAAGGACAAGACGGACAAUUGUGGAGACACGCCGAUGCAAUUCGCCACCCUGCAGGGCCACAAAGACGUUGUGGACUGCUUGUUGGAAGCUGGUGCUGACAAGGAUAAGGCCAAUGACAACGGCGACACGCCAAUGCAUUGGGCUGCUCAGAAUGGCUUCACGGACAUUGUACGCUGCUUAUUGGCUGCUGGUGCUGAUAAGGGCAAGGCCAACAAUAUCGGAGUUACGCCUAUGCAUUUUGCCGCCAUCUAUGGCCACCGAGACACUGUGUGCUGCUUGCUGGAAGCAGGCGCUGACAAGGACAAGGCGGACCACAAUGGAGACACAGCCGCACGCUUGGCCGCUCGCAACGGGCAUCAGGAAGUCGUGAGCUGCUUGGAAGCUGGCGCUGACAAUCGCUAG